GACUCUGCGCUGUGUGGGUGAGUCUCGCCGGCCUGUGUGGCUGGCGGGGGUAGUGGCAUUAUAGAAAUAGGGUCGGUGGCGGGGCUCCUUACAAAAUUUGUAAAGUUUGUAAUUGCAGACGAUUUUUGCCAUCGAUUUAAUUUCGAUUUAUUUUCGAUUUUUACAAAAUCGAGGCAGAAAAUCGAACGCCUACAAAGUCUUACAAACUAUUACAAAUUCUCUACAAACUUUAACAAACUCUUGCCAGGGUGUCUCCAGUUUGUUUCUUUUUUCCCGUAUAGUUCGACUUUGCUACAAACUUUGGAAAUUACAAACUUUUUGUAAUUAAUCUCGAUUUUUUGAGUUCUUUACGAUAUUUCGCGGAUCAUUGGAGUAGACUGCAUUCUGUGACCUGUGUUGACUGUCACGGUCGUGAUUUUGUAUGAUAUUAACAUGGAGAGCACAAGAAGGAUUCUGUACUAUUGACGAUAUUUUAGUUCCGCUCCUCGUAUUAAGUGAACAGCAAGGAAAAAAGAUUUUGGCACUUUCAUCAUCACGACAGGCUUGUCAUAUUUCCCCAUAAUUCGAAGAAUUUUUCUCCUUCGGCGAGAAUUUUUCUAUCGAGCCUUCCUCCAAUUCUACAGUUUUUAUUUUACCACGAACAGAAAAGCAAUCGAAAGAGUUCUUGAAGACUUGAAAAAUCUUCUAGUGGUUGAAAAAUCAUAACCCGUUAGGUGUUUGAAUACCGCCCCUAUUGUGACUUCGAGACUAAGUCAGGGAGGAGCACACGAAAAACCUUCUAGUUCUACGUAGUUACGUAGUGACUUCGCUAUUUCAAUAGCUUCACUAUAUAUAAGUUGAUUUUGUAUCUCUAUUCUACUUAGCUAAGAAGAGAAGAUGGAUCCAACGCCAGCUUACAAUUCCGCCACUGGUGGCGCAGUCGAAUUGGCUGCAGUCAAUGUGGAGGCAGGCUCUGUUGAAUACUCAGACAACCCUGAUAAGAAUGAGGAAGUGCAGCCCAAGAAGAUCCGGGAGAUGACAGCUGAAGAAUUGGACUGUGCUAUCGAGUGGGAAAAUCGCCCGCCUCAGAGUCCGUUUGAAUUGUUCUGUGCAGUGUUGUUCUACCUCUGCUGUGCUCUCUUAGUAAUAUCUUUUAUUGUGGUUUUUGCAGCUGGCAAUAAGAAAAUGGUCACUGGGAACUGCCCCUUGAAUAGCAGUGAUCCUCACGCAUGCCUCGACGACGCUUGUGGGGACGAUUACUACUGGAAUCCGUAUGAGGUACCCUCUUCUGCCUAUGCGUCGGGGUCAAACUUGAGGGAUAUUCCCUGUAUCCACAAAGAUUUGUACGAAGAGCUGAGAAAGUCCCCUUGCGCCCGUCGUGCCUUGUCGGAAGCAGGUGCGGUUUCGAAUGAUGGAGGAGAGUUUCAGGAGAAUGAUGGAGCCCGUCAACUUGUUUCAUCCGGAGGUGCUGUCUCAUCUGGUUCAUCUUCGGAGCACAGUCACGAUAUCAUGCGACAAAUCGGCCUCUCAACUCUUGCUCAUGCAGUGAACUAUUUGCAGAACGAGAAAAGCCUCAACCCGCACGUGGAGCCCAAGUUGACCCGCGCCGUUCGCCGUCGCUUAAGUUCGUCAUCUAAGAACGAUCAAACGUCGGUUUGGGAAUCGAUGGGAGACCACUGGCACGUUCCUUGUGUCCUUUUUUUGGCUUUCGCUUUUGUCACGAUUGGGUACGCUUAUGCUUUAUACAAAGUGCCGAACGCGAUUAUUUUCGGAUCGAUCGCCAUAGGCGCUCUGGGAUUUCCAGUGGUUCUGGUCAUUGUCAGCGAGGGUGUGUUGUGUUAAGGCUCAACUUUCAUUGGUCAUGGGGGUUCGUCACUGAGAUCGCAGAGGGGCCCUCCUUAGAGAACAGGGGAAAACAAGAACGAAGGGAGAACAAGGGGAGAGGCAUGUUGGGGCAUUUUUCUUUCAGAAUCAGUGACCAAUGAAUGUCGACCUUUAAUUGUGGAUUAUCCUCGUUCCCGGUGUAGCAGUCUGCGGCAUUGCGAUCUACUACUACAAGUCGAUCAUGGAAGCAGCGGAUGCGGCCAGCAACGCGAUUCUCUGUCUCGCCUCGGCGGCCGACGUUUUGUUGAUGUCCACCUUGCAAUUGUUGAUCUUCGGCUCCUUCCUCGCCAUUUGGCUGAGCGCUUUUAUUGAGACCGGCAAUUGGGUAGAGGUGGACACCAGUUCGGGCAUGUCACUUGCCUUGGGGUCUACUGGCCAAUCCCUGAACAUGAAAUGCAGUCUAGUGACCUCGGAAGGCGCGAAGGCCUUUCAGUGGAUUCUCUUCUUAAGGCUUAUUAUUUACCGUAUUUAAUUACUCACCUUGAGGAGGAGCAUCUUCGGUGUCUCCUUUUUCAAGGGAAAAGGGCGCCAAGGAUGUGGUUUAGGUCCAGCGACGCUUAAAGCACUGUAAAGUAAAACAGCCGGCUUCCUUCUAGGUUUCACCUCUAUCGUCCCUAGGGUUUCUUAUCCCUUUGAACAAUAUAAGUACAUAGGUGAGCAGCUCUAAUCUUCGCAGUUUUCAUGCCCCUCACGAUGUUCCUGAAGCAGGUGCUGCUGAUCAUCUGCACCUGUGGAGUGGGAAAGUGGUAUUUUCACGACCCAGCCCACGAGGACGAUGAGCACCAUUACGCAGGGCCAGCUCCGGAGGCUCCUGCACAGCGUGGCUUCGUAUGGUCCUACACGUCCAUGUGUGGAAUGAACAUGUUCGUGGCCAUCAUUUCGACGAUCCUGAACGAAAUCAAGUCUCGAGCCGACCGCAUCAAGCAGCAACCGUGGAUGCUUUGUUGCUGUUGCUGCGCUCCGAUCGACAUUGUUUCUUUGGGUCUGUGGCUCUGCAUGGGUCAAUGCGUGGAGUCCUUCAGCAAGUAUCUUGUGAUCGGGCACACCUUUACGGGAGGCGGCAUUUGCGCGAUCUCUCGAAAGGUUUGGAAGGUCUUGAACGCGGACGAGGAGAAGUCAGGUGGCGGCUUCGUGGUACAGGAUCAAGUCCUGUCGAACGUCUUCAGCUUGCAUUCCACAACGCUGGCAGUUGCUUUCGGGAUGCUCGGAUGGGUUUGGAUGGUACUUCUAGAUUAUAGAGGACUUCAACUACUAGUAACUAUGGGUUUGGAUGGUACAACUUCUGAAUUAAAUUAUAAAAAACUUCAACUAGUACAACUAGUAACUAGUACUCUUCUUCUAUCAAACAACAGGUUCAAUAUCCCUACUUCAACAUGCAAUACUUAGUUUUUACAUAAAAACUUGUUGGGGUUGUACUUAACCAUAACUAGUUGUCUAUCCAUAGACUGACUUCUCUCAUCAAAUAAAACCUCUUGUCUCACCAGGACAACGCAAUGGAGCAUGGCAUUUUCGGAGACGAGAAACUGAACAUUUCCAUUUUCAUCGAAUUCUUGUUGAUUUUCUUGAUGUACCUGUUCGUAACCGGGUUCGGAUUUGGGCCGAUUUUUGGGUUGAUUUUGACCAUCCUGAUCGCUGACUGGGACACGGUGAAUGAUCUCGACAAAAAAGGCGUCCUCCACGGAUUCUACACUGGUUGCUUCAUUGGUUGCUCGUGUUGCAUCGGCUUCUGCUUUGUGCAGCAAUUGAUCAUGUAUGCGACCAACGCCGUUCUGUAUUGCCUGGCCUUGGUGAAGCGUGCUAAUGUUAAGGCUUGACACGACGAGGACAUAAAUAAUUCAUUUCCAACGGAGGUCCUCGUUCUCUUCUCUCUUUUCUCAAACGUUGGGGUUGUGUUGUAUUCGAAAACUCAAAAUAAGCGAGCUACUGACUGAAAUAAGAGAGGCUUGACUACAUUCCUCUUCUUUCAGUAUCUCCCUUAUUUUCAAUAGUUACUCGGUUAUUUCAGUUUUUCGAAUAAUUCAUUUCCAACGGUUAGUCAGUACUCAUACAUCAAGGGGAACAACGGUUAUAUACUAUUUCCAACGGAGGUCCUCGUUCUCUUCUCUCUUUUCUCAAGGGUUGGGGUUGUGUUGGAGAAGAAAUGAAGGACAGAGCAAGAAAUGGAUUGUUCUUCUCUGCAAUCGCUAAUGAUGCUUCGAUUCACUUCGGCAAACGAGCCAGCGCUCACUCUCUGGUGAUCCACACUGACGAACUCGAAGCCGCAGGAGGAAAAAUCGCGAUGAAGCCGGUGGCUAGCGUCGGACACGAGGUGGUAGACCCGCACACCGGCAUGACAAUGGUCGCUCACGACACGCAAUUCGUCAACGGAGUACCAGUGCCGCUAUGGAAACCGAAGGAGAAGGAGGUGUAA